AUGGCUAAGAAGACGUUUGACGAAGUGGAUUUGCCCACUAACCCAAACCUUCCUCCUUGGGUGCUUACUCCGAAAGAGGAGAAAAAGAUCUUUGAACGGUGGAGAAAGAAGGCAUUUUCCAGAUGUGAUGAAUUAAUUAAGGCAUACAUUGAAUGUUCCAACAAGUAUCCAGCUAUGGAAGCCAUGAAGAAAUGUGAACAGUUGAAUUUGGAUCAGCUAGACUGUGUGGCAAAGUAUCAAAAGAUAGAAUACUUGGACAUUGAAAGAGACUUGUUAAUCAAGGAAAAAACUGAAUUUCGUAAGUUGUAUAAGCAAAAGAUUUUAGAGAAGCAACAACAGUUGGAACAGCAGCAACAAAAAUAG